UGUCCAAAAUAUUUAUUCGAAUCUAAAACCAAAAAAAAUUCAAGGAGCUAGAAAUUGAGAGCAAGUCGAGAAGUAGAUUUGUUUUUGACUCUACACAGUGAUUCUCAUUUUUAUACAGUAAUUACUGUCGGCGAUUCAGGCGACUUCAAUAUAUAGAUACAAUUUCUCUUUCAUUUCAGUUACAUAUUACCAUAUUUGGCACUGGUGAUGAAGCUGUUCAAAAUCUCUUGAAGGGUAGCUGGACUUGGAAAGUGUCAGAAGUUUCUUUACUGUUUUGAUUUUUUUUUGUCAGGUUCAUCUUUUCUGCAUCUCAUUGUGGCCACCGACCUUGCCUGCGGGCAAAGUUUGUACUUGAUGGGCUGUUGGCAUGCAUGUUUCAUCUGAUCUUUGUGGCAUUGGGGUUAUUCCCAAUCCAGUCAACUUAAAUGGAGAGGAACCUGAACAAUAUUGCAAUGGAAAAUUCAGAAGUAAACAAACCAUUUCAAUAUGGUUCCAGGGAACCUGGACACGAGGGAACCUCUCCUGCACCCCAAGCAUUCAUGUUAGACCCUGCAAGCAUCAGAAAUGCUAAUAUGAGAAUUCCUGACCUAAAUGUCUCAGAGGUAAAACCUGUAAACUUCUCUAUACAGACUGGUGAGGAGUUUGCUCUUGAAUUUAUGCGUGACCGAGUUAAUCAUAAGAAGCCUAUCAUCCCAAACACAGUGGGUGAUCCCAAUUAUGCAACAGGUUAUUUGGAACUAAAGGGCAUUCUAGGCAUUAGCCAUACAGGGUCUGAGAGUGGGUCAGAUAUAUCAAUGCUAACCAUAGUAGAGAAAGGUCAAAAAGACUUUGAAAGAACAAACUCCUCCUUUCAUGAGGAGAGAGGCAACUAUGAGUCCAUUCAGUCAGUACCACAAAGUUCAGCAGGUUAUGGAAGUCGAGGACCUCCAGUUGGUUAUACCUCAUCUGGAACUUCUGACAGCUUGUCACAGAAGAUGAAAGUUCUCUGCAGUUUUGGUGGUAAAAUUCUACCCCGCCCUAGUGAUGGAAAGCUAAGGUAUGUUGGAGGUGAUACACGCAUUAUACGUAUAACAAGGGACAUUUCGUGGAUGGAGCUUAAGCAGAAAACUUUGGCAAUUUAUGACCAAGCUCAUGCAAUCAAAUAUCAGCUUCCUGGAGAGGAUCUUGAUUCUCUGGUUUCUGUUUCGUGUGAUGAGGAUUUGCUGAAUAUGAUGGAGGAAUGGAAUGAGGUCGAAGAUAGGGGAGGAUCACAAAAACUUAGAAUGUUCAUAUUCUCUAUGAGUGAUUUAGAUGAUGCUCAAUUUGGCCUGAGCAGUGUGGAGGCUGAUUCUGAAAUUCAGUAUGUUGUUGCUGUCAAUGGCAUGGACAUAGGAUCCAGGAGAAACUCGAUGCUGCAUGGUUUGGCAAGCUCAUCAGGAAAUAAUUUAGACGAGUUAGAUAGACUAAACCUUGACAAGGAGACAAGUAGAGUGGCUACUGUUUCUGUUGGAGUCAGUACUUUGCCGUCGACUGCUCAACCAGUUAUUCGAAGUUCCUCCAAUGCAUAUGAAACCCACACACCAUAUUAUCAAGGCCAUUUGAUGGAUCAUAGGGAAACUCAGCAGUUCCUGUUACGAAAUCACCACGAUUCUUUUCACCACUCCCCUUUUGAAGAAACUCCCCAUUCAAUUCUAAUGAAUCAACAAGGAGGUUUGAAUGAAGGACAACCAAGUACUAGCUUUCAGGUGCAUAAUUCACAGAUAUUGAAAAAGGAGGAGAAGCCAAAAUUUGAUGCUUCCAUGCAGCAAGAGAUUGACCCUGAAAGAAGUCGUCCGUUGGAAAAAGUUUAUCCUGUGCCAGUUGAUGAAGCAUCACUUGCAGUUGGACUGCAAGGAGAUCUUCAUUCUCUGCCCUCAAAAAAUGAAGGGUGGGAUCAGGAAACUGAAAAGGUCUCUUCUUCUGCUGAUGCUGUUAACUCGUCUCAGGUUCCUAAUUCUAGUGAAGAUGGUCCAUGUUCUGCAUCUGAUGGCACAUAUGGUACAGGCAACGCUGAUCCUGUUUCCAAUUUGAUUGACUUGAGCUACCUUGAACCAUCAGUGCCUCCUCAGAGAGUUUAUUAUUCAGAAAGAAUACCUCGGGAGCAAGCCGAAUUACUGAAUAGGUUAUCGAAGUCUGAUGAUUCACUUGGUCCUCAGUUGCUUAAUUCAAUUGCAGAAUCUACUGAAAAGUUGAGUUCAAGUAAUCUCGCUUCCCAUGCAAAAGACUCCACAUCAACUUCAAAACAAUCAGCAGACACUCGUACCAUCAAUGAUGGACUUGCCCAACUUCAGAAGUUCAAGGAGUUUGCUGAUGCAGUUUCUCUGAUGAAUAAAAAGCCUUCUGAUUCUGAAGAUGUAUUGGAAAGUGGGUUUAAGCAUCCAGUUUCUGGUAAUUUGGCUGAUAAAGAUUCUGUUCACAGGAAUGGUAUUCUUAGGGGUGACUCUGAUACAGAUUAUACCACAGGUAUUAAAGCUGAAUCUGAACAUCCUGCCGGGGGCAAAGUAACUUCUGUGAUGCAUCAGAUGGAUCCUGCAUCUAUUCAUUCAGAGUCAACAAGGGCUGAGAUGACAGGCAAGGAUUUCACUGGUAAUAACAAUCUGGGUCAUUCUUUGCCUUUUUCAGGGAUAGAGAGCUCGGCUAAAGAUAUUUCUCAAGGAAUACCCUCUGUUGGUGUUCCGGCCACAAAGCAGGCAGACAUCACUGUAGAUAUUAAUGACAGAUUUCCUCGUGAUUUUCUUUCCGAAAUAUUCAGUAGUGGGGUAUUUGCUGAGGACCCUGGUGUUAGCACAAUGCAUAAAGAUGGAGUUGGCGUGAGUGUGCACAUGAAAAAUCAUGAGCCCAAGCACUGGUCAUAUUUUCAGAAGUUGGCACAGGAAGGAUUUGUUCAAAGAGAUGUUUCUCUUAUUGAUCAGGAUAGUGUUGGCACUCCAUCUGCACCUGCAAAUGCUGAAGGAGAUCAGAAGUCUUAUCAUUUUGAACCUCUAACUGAUGUAAUGUCAAUAAGCCAUGAGUAUUCCCAACUCAAUUUUGGUGAAGACAAUAAGAAAGAUUUACCAGGAGUGAUAGGAGCUGAUUCUGCCGUUCUUCCAGAUUUUGGCCAUUCACAAGUGAAGGACAGUGAAAGUAUGCAGUUUGGCGCUAUGAUCGAAAACCUAAAAUCACCAGACUCUGUAUAUGAGGGUGCAAAGUUAGAAAAUAGAAAUGUUGGCCUACCUCCUCUUGAUCCAUCUCUGGUAGAUUUUGACAUCAAUACUUUGCAGGUAAUAAAGAAUGAUGAUCUUGAAGAGCUGAGAGAACUGGGUUCUGGUACUUUUGGGACUGUAUAUCAUGGAAAAUGGAGGGGAUCUGAUGUUGCCAUCAAGAGGCUAAAGAAGAUCUGUUUCUCUGGUCGCUCAUCAGAGCAAGAGAGAUUGACAUCAGAGUUCUGGCGGGAAGCUGAAAUCCUUUCAAAGCUUCACCAUCCUAAUGUGGUGGCAUUUUAUGGUGUGGUGCAAGAUGGACCUGGAGGGACAUUAGCGACUGUGGCAGAGUACAUGGUUGAUGGUUCUCUUAGGCAUGUUUUGCUUAAGAAAGAUAGGUAUCUAGAUCGUCGCAAGCGGCUUCUAAUAGCUAUGGAUGCAGCAUUUGGGAUGGAGUAUUUGCACUCAAAGAAUAUCGUGCAUUUUGAUUUGAAAUGUGAUAACUUGCUUGUAAAUUUGAAAGAUCCCCAGCGGCCUAUUUGCAAGGUUGGCGAUUUUGGCCUGUCAAAAAUUAAACGAAAUACCUUGGUUUCUGGAGGUGUGCGGGGAACUCUCCCAUGGAUGGCACCAGAACUGCUAAAUGGUAGCAGCAAUAAGGUGUCAGAGAAGGUUGACGUUUUCUCCUUUGGAAUCGUCUUGUGGGAGAUCCUCACGGGUGAGGAGCCAUAUGCCAACAUGCACUACGGUGCCAUCAUAGGAGGAAUUGUAAAUAACACAUUGAGGCCAACCAUUCCAAGCAAUUGUGAUGCUGAAUGGAAAAUGUUGAUGGAGCAGUGCUGGGCGCCAAAUCCUGCAGCCAGGCCAUCCUUCACUGAAAUUGCUGGUCGAUUACGAGUAAUGUCGAUAGCUGCCGGCCAAACCAAAGGUCACCAUAACAAAACAUCAAAGUAAUUUCAGAAAGAUAUCAAGAACUUAAUUAUUUCGGAUCCUUUUUUUUCCCCUCAAUAUAUUAUAUUUAGGUUUAUAGUUUUCUGAUUUUGUAAUGGGUUCAUGUUAUUAAGGAAAGAAUUAAAAACUUCAUUA